AUAAUAAAUAAGUACGACUAAUAUAAACAGUAGCCUACAUACUAAAGCUAUACGCAAUACGGUGAAAUAAAGAAUCACGCUAAAUCGGUAUAAUUUCAAAAAUUCGACUUUCGCUCGCACAAAUAAUAUAUCUUAAAAUACUUGGUAGUUUAUUAAAUAUUGCAAAACACAGUGUAAUAAAGAAAAACAGUCGCCACUAUAUGUGAUAAUAGGGUAUAGGCAUGAAGAUGUGGCACAAAUUAUAUAGUUACAGUAAAUAUCAAUUUUUUUUGUAAACGUGUAUAGCCUAAUAAGGAUGUGGCACAUAGUCUCCAGGAUCGGUUUAGAUCUUAUGUAUAAGGGUAUAGGAAUUUCUUUUCUCAGUUUUAGGAGUCUGGAGCGCUAUAGUCAGUUAUGCAAUACGACAUUAUUCGCGGGCGUGGACAGAGUGGGCUUGGCUACCGCUUUGCAAGUGCUUGUCAGGCGCUAUUUCGUCUUUUGAAGCCCUUGCAGGCUCACAAUGCAGCCGCUGCUCCGUGCGGUGGGUUUGCGCGCAGCGCAGCUUGUGAAAGGAGCGGCUCCACGCUGCCACCGCGGACACGGCGCCCCCAGAGAGACUCUGCCAUGUUCCAUGCCGACCACUCAGGCUCCACGCUGAACUUCAUGGAUCAAAACCGGACUCUGAGUCUCGGAGCGACGCCAAGCCCAGUCAUGGGAAACCCCGGCAACGGCAGCACCCCGGGAAACGAGAGUGACCCGUUUGGGAGAAACGAGGAAGUGGCCAAAAUAGAGAUUACGGUGCUGUCAGUCACUUUCGUGGUCACAGUUAUAGGGAAUGUAAGCGUCUUGUUAGCCAUGUACAACACAAAGAAGAAGAUGUCAAGGAUGCACCUCUUUAUCAAACACCUAAGUCUGGCCGAUUUGGUGGUUGCCUUUUUCCAGGUCUUACCCCAGCUCUGUUGGGAGAUCACCUUUCGGUUUUAUGGACCAGACUUCCUGUGCAGGAUCGUCAAACACCUGCAGGUUCUCGGUAUGUUCGCCUCCACUUACAUGAUGGUCAUGAUGACCCUGGACCGCUACAUCGCGAUAUGUCACCCUCUUAAGACCCUCCAGCAGCCCACCCGAAGGUCCAACAUCAUGAUCGUCAGCACGUGGAUAUGCAGUCUUGUCCUCAGCACUCCGCAAUACUUCAUAUUCUCUUUAAGCGAGAUCAAAAACGGUUCUGAAGUGUACGAUUGCUGGGGUCACUUCAUUGAACCCUGGGGUGUCAAGGCGUAUAUUACAUGGAUUACAAUAGGCAUCUUUCUCAUACCGGUAUCCAUCCUGGUGAUCUGUUAUGGGUUCAUCUGCCACAGCAUUUGGAAGAACAUCAAAUACAAAACUAAAAAGAAAAGACUGGAGACAUGCUCCAAAGACGUUAUCGGGAGGUCUUCCGUCAGCAGCGUCACCACUAUAUCCAGGGCCAAGCUGAGGACAGUGAAGAUGACUUUUGUCAUCGUUCUAGCUUACGUGGUCUGCUGGGCUCCUUUUUUCAUCGUCCAGAUGUGGUCGGUUUGGGAUGUGAAUUUUUUAUGGGACGGUACGUAUCAGAACUACCAGAGAGCCACGUUUCUGACGGAAAACAACGAGAUGCGCUUAAGACUCCGAGAACACCGCGGUCACGUUAUCGGCGCUGCUCGCCAGUCUCAACAGCUGCUGCAACCCCUGGAUUUACAUGAUCUUCAGCGGCCACCUCUUGCAGGACUUCGCGCACUGUUUUCCGUGCUCCAGCAAAUCACAACACAAUUACAAAAAAGAGGAUUCGGACAGCAGCAUCAGGAGAACUACGAUCCUGACCAAGAUCCCCAACAGAAGCCCGACGUGCAGUUCGGCCACCUGCAAAGACUUCGACGUUAUACCCAGAUCGAGUAGGUCAGUCCCGCUGGCUUCAUAGGUGACUGACCAUCCGUGUUUAUUUAUUUCAAAUGUAUACUAAUCGAAUCGACAUGAGGUCGAAAACACAUUUACGAAUGUAUUGAGAAUAUGAUGUGUUUUUAUCAUGUUCCAAGGGUGCAAUUUUAAUAUAGGCCUAUACUUAAUAUAUAACAGUCUUUCACCAACAUACAAGGUGCCAUAUAGAAACAUACUUCAGACCUAUACACAUAAACACUGCCUUUGAAAUUGAAAUUAAAUGAGUAGGGCUACUGCUCCACUCACGAAUGUUCUUUGCAGUAUUGACCGACAGCAUUAAUUAACGCGUUUAGCAUUUGAUUUAGGUCAAACUGACAUGAAUUAGUAACUGACAGCUUGUUUUAAUGAAAUCAUUUAAAAUGUCUUAUUCACUUAGAACAAAAUAAUUAUAUCAUAAUUCAAUUGGCCGUAAAUCUAACAUCCGACAUUCCUCUAGCCGAAUUUUCCUAAUGUGUUGCAGUAAAUUAUUGCACUAAACUCUCAACAGACCUAGUAAUGCACUUUUAAUUGUAAGGGUGUAAGAAUGUAUACGAUUGUGCAAACUACUAUGCUUAAUCCUUAUACAACGUUUAAACAUUUCCAGUAGGCCUACCGAUCAUGGAACAAAAUGCAAUACGUAACUGCUAUUGUUAUUAGUCGUAUUUACUUACUGCUUGGCUUACUUUGUGUACGUGGUUCUGUGCUUUACUGGUUUAUUCCUAUUAACAAUCUUGCAAUAACAAUAGUACGUUAUUAAGCAGGUGGGCUUUUUGACAUGAAUAUACUUUACGAACCACCCGUUCUUCUGGAUAAAUCAGAUACGUCAUAGUACACGAAGAAGUUUAUCUGUAAUUGGCUUUGCGUGUGAGACGUAAGAAUAAGUAUUUCGUCGCGAUAGCGUGUACCUCACCUCGUCUCAAUGUGUUCAGCUACCGAAGCAUCUUUUCCGUGCACAGAUCUGCAUAAAGCGGCCACAACGUAGGCCCACAUAGUGGAGAAGCUGGGUUUUUUUGUUCUCAUCGAAUAUGUAGAAGAUUAAAAUAGGUUAUGAGCUUAAGGCUGUUGACAACGAGUCUUAAACCAUAAAUCAUUUCGCCAAAAUUAACGUGUCGCGACUCAUAUUUAAAUUCCUGCGUCAAACCACUUAAAUUCCUCAAAUAUGUAUUACAGUGAAAGACAAAUUUCCAAAACUGUAUAUACUCUACACGAAACGGAACUUUAUAGUGUGUUGGUAUACGUCAUAAGUUAUGAAUACUUUGUAAUACUAUGUGAUCUGAUUUUUCUUGUAAACUUGUAAAUAACUUGGAAAUCAAAUGACUAUACAAUAAAAUGAUGAAACAAUA